AUGGCCACGACGGCCGAGCUCUCCGAGGAGCCUUUUGUGGCAGGUGAGUACAUUGAACGUCUUGUGUGGAGAACCCCAGGAGGAGGCUCUAGAGGUGGACCUGAAGCUUGUGAUCCCAAAAGAUUAUCAGAAGAAUUUAUAAAUCACAUUCAAGAACUCCAGAUAAUGGAUGAAAGGCCAGAGAAAUUAGAGCAACAAUGUCAGAAAGAAGCCAAGGAAUUCGCCAGGAGGGUGCAGGAGCUCCAGAAAAGAUUUCCAAGAACUCAUGAGCACAUUAGCUAUGUGGCAACCAAAGUCUGUCACCUUGGAGACCAACUGGAGGGGGUAAACACGCCCAGACAGCGGGCAGUGGAGGCUCAGAAGUUGAUGAAAUAUUUUAAUGAGUUUCUAGAUGGAGAAUUGAAAUCGGAUGUUUUUACAAAUUCUGAAAAGAUAAAGGAGGCAGCAGACAUCAUCCAGAAGUUGCACCUACUUGCCCAGGAGUUACCUUUUGAUAGAUUUUCAGAAGUAAAAUCCAAAAUUGCAAGUAAAUAUCAUGAUUUAGAAUGCCAGCUGAUUCGGGAGUUUACCAGUGCUCAAAGAAGAGGUGACAUCUCCAGAGUGAGAGAAGUAGCAGCGGUUUUACUGCAUUUUAAGGGUUAUUCCCAUUGUGUUGAUGUUUAUGUAAAGCAAUGCCAGGAGGGUGCUUCCAUGGGAAAUGAUAUAUUUGAAGAUGCAGCAAUGCUCUGUCAACGUGUAAACAAACAAGUUGGAGAUAUCUUUAGUAAUCCAGAAACAGUACUUGCUAAACUGAUCCAAAACGUAUUUGAAAUCAAAUUACAGGGUUUUGUGAAAGCCCAGUUAGAAGAAUGUAGGAAAUCUGAUGCAGAGCAGUAUCUCAAAAACCUCUAUGAUCUAUAUACAAGAACCACCAAUCUUUCCAGCAAGUUGAUGGAGUUUAAUUUGGGUACUGAUAAACAGACUUUCUUGUCUAAGCUUAUCAAAUCCAUUUUCAUUUCCUAUUUGGAGAACUAUACUGAAGUGGAGACUGGAUAUCUGAAAAGCAGAAGUGCUACGAUCCUACAGCGUUAUUAUGAUUCAAAAAAUCAUCAAAAGAGAUCCAUUGGCACAGGAGGUAUUCAGGAUUUGAAAGAGAGAAUUAGACAACGUACCAACUUACCACUGGGGCCAAGUAUUGAUACCCAUGGGGAAACUUUCCUAUCCCAAGAAGUGGUGGUUAAUCUUUUACAAGAAACCAAACAAGCCUUUGAAAGAUGUCAUAGGCUCUCUGAUCCUUCUGAUUUACCAAGGAAUGCCUUUAGAAUUUACCAUAUUGAUUAUGCUUUGGAAACAGGACUUGCCGGAAUUCCUUCUUCAGAUUCUAGGAAUGCAAAUCUGUAUUUUUUGGAUGUUGUGCAACAAGCCAAUACUAUUUUUCAUCCUUUUGACAAGCAGUUUAAUGAUCACCUUAUGCCACUAAUAAGCUCUUCUCCUAAGUUAUCUGAAUGCCUUCAGAAGAAAAAAGAAAUAAUUGAACAAAUGGAGAUGAAAUUGGAUACUGGUAUUGAUAGGACAUUAAAUUGUAUGAUUGGACAGAUGAAGCAUAUCUUCGCUGCAGAACAAAAGAAAACAGAUUUUAAGCCAGAGGAUGAAAACAAUGUUUUGAUUCAGUAUACUAAUGCCUGUGUAAAAGUCUGUGCUUAUGUAAGAAAACAAGUAGAAAAGAUAACAAAUUCCAUGGAUGGAAAGAAUGUGGAUACAGUUUUGAUGGAACUUGGAGUACGUUUUCAUCGACUUAUUUAUGAACAUCUUCAACAAUAUUCCUGCAGUUGUAUGGGUGUCAUGUUAGCAAUUUGUGAUGUAGCUGAAUAUAGAAAGUGUGCCAAAGACUUCAAGAUUCCAAUGGUUUUACAUCUUUUUGAUACUCUGCAUGCACUUUGCAGUCUUCUGGUAGUUGCCCCAGAUAAUUUAAAGCAAGUCUGCUCAGGAGAACAGCUUGCUAACCUGGACAAGAACAUACUUCACUCCUUUGUACAACUUCGCGCUGACUAUAGAUCUGCCCGCCUAGCUCGACACUUCAGCUGAAGUUGAGUUGACCAAGGGAAUGUGUUGUACUUCGGCAGACCUCGGUUGACAGAAAGCACAGGCGAUUGCUUAUGACACAGCCAACAUUUUAUGGAAAAAUGACUGUUUGGAAGUAAACAUCAGCCAUACUUACUGUUGAGGUUUUAUUUGAAAUUUGGAUACCACUAGAUAUAUUUUGCUUUUUUUCUCCUAAGUUGAAUUUUUAAUACCAUUUUUGAAUUUAUAAAUUUCAAAAUCUGCAAAAGUUCAUGUCACUGUUUUUGUCCUGGAAAGUGGUGUCAGAAGGCAAGUGAAAUGUUACCAGUGUUCCAGUUCUUGUUCUUUGACAUGUUCCAUUGGGAAAUUUUACCAUCCCAUUUUUGCUUUGGUAACAGGUGAAAUACAGCAAAACUGCAUUGAUUAUGCAUAAGUUUUUAAUGAACAACACUGGUAAUUGUUUAACAGAUUAUUCUAGAUUUUUCAAAGGAAUUUUUUGCCUUUGUCAAAAGGUUAACAUUUAGAUAAUAAUUUAUGUAGUUGGAUUUUUUCUGAUGUACAACAAUAAUAUAUUCCCAGAAAAAUGUUAUAAACUAAAGUGAUGAAAUGUUUUAUGUAGACAUUAGGAGUGGAU